UUGAAGGCUUAUGAAACAAUUGAAAUUGGUGAGGAACUUACUGUACCUUACUGGUCCCAAGAAUUGGAUCAGGCAUCCCGCCGAAGCAAACUUAAAGAAAUUUAUGGUUUUGAUUGUACCUGCUCACAUUGUAUGAUGAGUGCUGAACUUGUGAGAAAUUCAGAUCAACAAAUUGCAAGACUUGUCCAACUCAGUAAGCUCUCUCAAGGCUCAAAUCUAUCUGAAAGUGAAAUUAAAGAGUUUCUCAAGAUUAGCAAGGAGGAAAGAAUACCCAAAUUCAGGGCAAUGGCAAACUUGAAUGCUGCUAAGUUUUACAAUUCAAAAGGUGAAAUUCACAAGGUCAGAAAGUAUGCAGAGAAAGCAAAAUUGAUGGGAGAUCUUGAAGGGGGAUCAAAAUGGUCUCCUUUUGAUGCCAGUGAUCUGGCCAUUCUCCUUAGUGAAAAUGGAAACUUAAAAGCAUAGCUCUCAUUUUCCAUCCAAUUUAAAUUUUAUCCAGAUGCUCCAGUUUGGAAACAUACAUUCAUACAUACAUACAUACAUACAUACAUA